AUGCCGGUGUACUUCCAGCGGCCCGAGAAUGCCCUGAAACGGGCGAACGAAUUCCUUGAGGUCGGCAAAAAGCAGCCUGCCCUUGAUGUUCUCUAUGAUGUUAUGAAAAGUAAAAAACACCGAACAUGGCAGAAAAUCCACGAGCCGAUUAUGCUGAAGUACCUGGAGCUCUGCGUGGAUCUCCGCAAGAGUCACCUGGCAAAAGAAGGAUUGUACCAGUACAAGAAUAUUUGCCAGCAGGUGAACAUCAAAUCUUUGGAGGAUGUUGUUCGAGCUUAUCUAAAAUUAGCUGAAGAAAAAACAGAAGCAGCUAAGGAAGAAUCCCAGCAGAUGGUACUGGACAUUGAAGACUUGGAUAACAUUCAAACUCCAGAAAGUGUUCUUCUGAGUGCUGUAAGUGGAGAAGACACUCAGGAUCGUACUGACCGGCUGCUUUUGACACCCUGGGUUAAAUUUCUGUGGGAAUCCUAUCGACAGUGUUUGGAUCUUCUGCGAAAUAAUUCUCGGGUAGAACGCCUCUACCAUGACAUCGCACAGCAAGCUUUUAAGUUCUGCCUGCAGUACACUCGCAAAGCUGAGUUCCGUAAACUCUGCGAUAACCUGCGGAUGCAUUUGGGGCAGAUCCAGCGUCACCAUAACCAAAGCACAGCAAUCAACCUCAACAAUCCUGACAGCCAGUCAAUGCACUUGGAGACCAGGCUUGUGCAGCUUGAUAGUGCUAUCAGCAUGGAGCUGUGGCAGGAAGCUUUCAAAGCAGUGGAGGAUAUUCAUGGGCUAUUUGCACUGUCUAAGAAACCACCCAAACCACAACUGAUGGCAAAUUACUAUCACAAAGUUUCAACUGUCUUCUGGAAAUCAGGAAAUGCUCUUUUUCACGCCUCCACACUUCACCGACUUUAUCACUUAUCAAGAGAAAUGCGAAAGAAUCUCACACAAGAGGAGAUGCAGAGGAUGUCUACUCGAGUCCUGUUGGCCACUCUGUCAAUUCCUAUAACCCCUGAGAGAACGGAUAUUGCUCGCCUUCUGGAUAUGGAUGGCAUUAUUGUUGAGAAGCAGCGACGUCUGGCAACACUGCUGGGCCUCCAGGCUCCACCUACACGUGCCAGUCUCCUUAAUGAUAUGGUAAGGUUCAACGUAGUGCAAUACGUUGUGCCAGAAGUGAAGGAACUUUACAAUUGGCUUGAAGUAGACUUUCACCCACUCAAGUUAUGCAGCCGUGUCAGCAAGGUUCUGAACUGGGUGAAAGACCAAGCUGAAAAGGAACCUGAACUGCAGCUGUAUGUUCCUCACCUGCAAAACAAUACCAUUCUUCGCCUUCUGCAGCAGGUGGCCCAGAUUUAUCAAAGCAUUGAAUUUGCUCGUCUGUCUUCCCUGGUUCCUUUUGUUGAUGCUUUCCAGCUGGAACGUUGUAUCGUUGAUGCAGCCAGACAUUGUGACCUACAAGUUCGCCUUGACCAUACCACCCGGACACUGAGUUUUGGCUCAGAUUUGAAUUACAGUACUAGAGAAGAUGCUCCACUAGGCCCUCAGCUGCAAAGCAUGCCUUCUGAACAAAUUAGAAAUCAAUUGACUGCCAUGUCCUCUGCUCUGGCCAAGGCCCUUGCAGUCAUCAAGCCUCCUCACUUAAUACAAGAGAAGGAGGAACAACAUCAGCUGGCAGUCACCGCCUUCCUCAAAAAUUCAAGGAAGGAACAUCAGCGAAUUCUUGCCCGUCGUCAAACUAUAGAGGAGAGAAAGGAGCGCCUGGAAAGCUUAAACAUCCAGCGGGAAAAAGAAGAGCUGGAGCAGCGUGAGGCAGAGUUACAGAAGGUCCGGAAGGCCGAAGAGGAGAGGCUGCGGCAGGAGGCGAAGGAGAGGGAGAAGGAGCGCAUCCUGCAAGAGCAUGAGCAGAUCAAAAAGAAGACUGUUCGUGAGCGCUUGGAGCAGAUUAAGAAGACUGAACUGGGAGCCAAAGCCUUUAAAGACAUUGACAUUGAGGAUCUUGAAGAAUUGGAUCCUGACUUUAUUAUGGCUAAACAAGUUGAACAGCUGGAAAAAGAAAAGAAGGAACUUCAGGAACGUCUGAAAAACCAGGAGAAAAAGAUCGACUAUUUUGAAAGAGCAAAGCGCUUGGAAGAAAUUCCUCUCAUAAAGACUGCGUAUGAGGAGCAAAGAGUGCGUGAUAUGGAGCUCUGGGAGCAACAGGAGGAAGAAAGGAUCACCACUUUGCAGCUGGAGCGUGAGAAAGCACUUGAGCAUAAGAACAGACUCUCAAGGAUGUUGGAGGAUAGAGAUUUGUUUGAAGCCAGGCUCAAAGCAUCCCGAAGAACAGUUUAUGAGGAUAAACUCAAGCAGUUCCAGGAACGGUUGGCAGAGGAGAGGCGGAAUCGUUUGGAGGAACGCAAGAAACAGCGCAAAGAGGAGCGGCGCAUUACUUACUACAGAGAAAAGGAGGAAGAAGAGCAAAGGCUGCGAGAAGAACAGCUGCUUAAAGAGCGUGAGGAAAAGGAACGCAUCGAGCGUGAGAAGCGCGAGCAGGAGCAGCGCGAGUACCAGGAGCGCGUCAAAAAACUGGAAGAGCUGGAGAAGAAAAAACGUCAGAGAGAAAUGGAGAUAGAAGAAAGAGAGCGUCGUCGAGAAGAAGAGAGGAGAGGUCUGGAUGACCCAUUUUCAAGAAAGGAAUCUCGUUGGGGUGAUAGGGAGUCUGAAAGCUCCUGGAGAAGAGGUGGUGAGACAGAAUCUGAGUGGCGACGAGCGCCAGUGGAAAGAGAUUGGCGUCGAGGAGAACCGAGGGAUGAUGAAAGACCUUUCCGACGAGGAGAUGAUCUGCCCCGACGAGGAGAUGAUCUGCCCCGACGAGGGGAUGAGGAGAGGCCACCCAGGCGUGAAGGGGAUGAGGACAGGCCACCCAGACGUGCAUUAGAUGAGGACAGGCCGCCCAGGCGUGGUUUGGAUGAUGACAGAGGGAGCUGGCGGGCUGCAGAUGAUGACAGACCACCCAGGCGUGGAUUGGAUGAUGACAGACCACCCAGGCGUGGAUUGGAUGAUGACAGGCCGCCCAGGCGUGGAUUGGAUGAUGACAGGCCGCCCAGGCGUGGAUUGGAUGAUGACAGGCCGCCCAGGCGUGGAUUGGAUGAUGACAGGCCGCCCAGGCGUGGAUUGGAUGAUGACAGGCCGCCCAGGCGUGGAUUGGAUGACGACAGAGGCAGUUGGCGAGCAGCAGAUGACGACAGAGGACCCAGGCGUGGUCUGGAUGAUGACAGGCCCCCCAGACGGGCUUUGGAUGAUGACAGGCCCCCCAGACGGGCCUUGGAUGAUGACAGGCCCCCCAGACGGGCCUUGGAUGAUGACAGGCCCACCAGGCGUGGGCUGGAUGACGACCGGGGCAGCUGGCGUGCUGCAGAUGACGACAGAGGUCCCAGGCGGGGCAUGGAUGACGACAGGAUGUCGAGGCGUGAUGAUGACAGGGGACCAUGGCGGAGCACAGAUGAUGACAGGCUUUCCAGACGAGAUGAUGACAGGGGUCCCUGGCGUGGCAGUGAUGAUUCAAGGCCAGGUCCUUGGAGACCGUUUGGUAAACCAGGGGGAUGGAGAGAACGAGAAAAGGCUCGUGAGGACAGCUGGGGGCCUCCUCGAGACUCCAGACCUCCUGGAGACCGGGAAUGGGAUAGAGACAAAGAUCGGGAUGAAAGCGAGAAAGAGCGGGAAUUUGACAGAGACAGGGACUUCGAUCGAGACGAUCGCUUCAGGCGGCCCAGGGAUGAUGCUGGUUGGAGAAGAGGCCCAGCUGAGGAAACUUCUAGCUGGAGAGAUUCAAGUCGUCGUGAAGAAUGGGACAGAGGUGGUCGUGACAUGAGAGAUCGACGUGCUGAUGACAGAGAGCCACCCCUCAGAAGAGGACCUCCCCUCAGAUCUGACCGUGAAGAACCAAGCUCCUGGAGGCGUGCUGAUGAUAGGAGAGAAGAACGUGGAGAGGAACGUGAGCCGGUCCGGCGAUCGGCUCCUGCUCCCGCUGCUCCUCCAGCUUCUGCUCCCCCACCAGCAUCAAAAGAUCGAGAAAGAGAUGGGGAGAAGGAGAAAGGUUCCUGGAAAGCAGAAAAGGAACGUGAGCCAGCUCGCCGCACUAAAAACGAGACAGACGAAGAAGGGUGGACCACUGUACGACGUUAAGUGGAAAUCACAAGAGUUUAACCAAUGUUUUAGCUUUCAUUUGAUGGAAUCCAUGGAUUAUAUUUGUGCUUAUAAACAUUCUGAAUUGGAAUUCUUUAACAAAUGUUUUGAGGUAACAUGAAAGCAUGAGCUUGAAUUACUUAACUCAUAUAGAUUGAUCAUGCACCAAACUCACAGCAGAAGGUUGGAAAUUGAAUUCCAGGUUUUGAAAGUUGAAAUUAUGCUGAUUUUGUAGAGUGGUUUGUUGCUAAAAUGAAAAGGAGCAAGCCCAACAGCUGCCUUGAGUAAGGCUUCUAUCUCAGCAAAACCAGGCUGACCUUUCUAUUUUCAGUCAUCCGUAAUUUGGAACAGGAUAUUGUCAGCACAGAACAUGCAUUUGAAAGCACCUCUGUCACAGGUUGGAAUUACUGAAAAAAAAAAAAAAGCAGAGUGAAAUCAGUUCCCAUAAUUUGCCAAAACAAGGGAAAAAAACUAUAAAAGCCCUCUUUUUCCAGAGCUGGCUUUCCAAGAGACCUGUUUUCUCACUAUCUAAAUUCAGUGAGUUGUUUAAAUUUGAAUUGAAUACAAGAAAGGUUAUGAGAGUUAGCUGCACUGGGAUAUUUUCUCUGUAGAUUUACUUGAAUACAUGAACACCUCUGAGGCCACUUUGCAGUCCUUGUUUCCAGUAAGGUAUCCCCUGCUGCAGUGUGCAACCACAGAACUUGGGAGCUUUUCCAAUUGGAAGUGUUUUAGUUAAGCAUAUGGCUGUGUCUUUUCUGUUGCCAAUAUCACAACUGCUUUUUCCAUUACUUGGAUAAUUUCAUGCCUUUCAAGGAUUUAUAAAUAUUGUCAUAUUUAAACAAAAAAAAAAAAGUGUGGUUUUUGGAGAAGUUGUUGAAUUUUUUUCCCCCCGAUUCUCUGUCUUCAGGGUCAAUUCUUUCCCUUUCCAAAAAAAAAAAGUGAUUUGUAGUAAUGACUGUGUUGACUUCAAUUUUGGGGUGUGGUAACAACAAUUGACUAUCUAGUCAUACUGAAGCCAACACAGAACUUGCUGCUGUGUGUUUCUUCAAUGAUAAAUAAACA